AUGUUUAGAAGUGAGGAUAUGGCCAAGGAUUUAAGGUGGCAUUUUAGUAACAAGAGCACAGACGGUAAACUCCGACACCCUGUGGACUCAGUUACAUGUGAUCAGAUGAACGACAUAUAUCCUUCCUUUGCAGCAGAAGAAAGAAACGUGAAGCUUGGCCUUUUCACAGACGGUUUUAAUCCAUUUGACAUGAAGAACAGCAAGUACAGUUGUUGGCCUGUUUUGCUGGUAAACUACAAUUUGCCACCUGAUUUAUGUAUGAAGAAGGAGAACAUAAUGCUUACAUUGUUGAUUCCUGGUCCACAUCAGCCUGGAAAUAGCAUUGAUGUCUACUUAGAACCCCUCAUAGAUGACCUAAACCAUCUGUGGAAUAAGGGAGAGUUAGCGUAUGACGCCUUCAGUAAGUCUGCUUUCACACUUAAGGCAAUGCUGCUUUGGACGAUAAGCGAUUUCCCAGCUUAUGGAAAUCUAUCAGGUUGCAAAUUUAAAGUGGCUUCUGAUAUGGAUGAUUUAUCCAGUGAAUCAGAAGAAGAUGAAGAAGAAGAAGUACAUGUGGAUGAGGAAGAGUUAUCGCGGUGGAAGAAAAGGUCAAUCUUUUACAAGUUAUCAUAUUGGGAGGAGCUUCCUGUGAGACAUAACUUGGAUGUAAUGCACGUAGAGAGAAAUGUGGCUGCAAGUCUAGUGGCUACAUUGUUACACUGUGGAAAAUCAAAAGAUGGUUUACAAGCUCGUAAAGACCUAGAGAAGCUCGGUAUUAGGAAGGAUCUACAUCCUACACUCAAAGGGAAACGAACAUAUCUUCCAGCAGCACCUUGGUCACUAUCGAAGACAGAGAAGAAGAUCUUUUGCAGGCGACUAUUUGAUUUCCAAGGCCCCGAUGGAUACUGCUCUAACAUAUCAAGAGGUGUUUCAUUGGAUGAUUGUAAGAUAUCAGGCUUGAAAUCACAUGACUAUCACGUCCUAAUGCAACAACUACUUCCGAUCGCACUUAGAGGCUUGCUGCCAAAAGGUCCUAGACUAGCGAUUGUACGCUUAUGCUCAUUCUUCAAUCAGUUGUGUCAGCGAGUGAUCGAUAGGGAACAACUAUUGGUAAUAGAAGCUGAGAUUGUUGAGACUCUCUGCAUGUUCGAGAGAUUUUUUCCUCCAAGCUUCUUUGAUAUUAUGGUCCAUUUGACGGUACAUCUAGGAAGGGAAGCACGGCUUGGUGGACCAGUCCAUUUUAGGUGGAUGUACCCAUUUGAGAGGUACAUGAAAAUUCUAAAAGACUUUGUCAGAAAUCCAGCUAGACCAGAGGGAUGUAUCGCUGAGUCUUACCUCGCAGAAGAAUGCAUCCAGUUUUGUAGUGAUUUUUUGAGGAAUACAACAAGUGUACAAGACAAGGUCGAUAGGAACACUGAGUCAGUCACCAUGGCACGUACGAAGCGAGGAAGGAAUGUACAGAAGAAAAAUCAUGAAGUUACUGCUGAUGUUGUGGAAGACCAGCCAGAAGUAGGACUCGAUGAAGCUGUGGAAGAGCAUCCGGAAUUAGGAGAUAAGGAACAUGUGGAAGAACAGCAGAACAAUGAAGUCUUGGAAUCAGGUUAA